AUUUUUAAUAAAAGUUUUAAUGUGUUAAAAAUGAACUGAUAACAAAUUAAAUAUUAUCUACGAUACUUAAGCAACAUAAUAAAUAAGCAUUACAUUGUUCUAUAAACAUUUACUCUAUGAAUUAAAAAUAGCACAUUUAUUAGUUGUUAUUUUUUUUAUUUAUUUAUUAAAUCAACCAUGGGGCGGGUAAAAUUUUUAAUUCGCAUUUUAAUUUUUCUAUUAUCAAUAGUGUGUAUAUGGAUUUAUGUUAAACAUUGGAAUUCUGAUGGACAAACACCUCCACCAAGGCGUAGACUAGGUCCAAAUUCUUUGAAGGAAGAAUAUCAAAGGGUUGUUAUUGGUGUUUAUUAUGAAGCACUAUGUCCAGACUCUAAAAAUUUUAUAAUACGACAAUUAUUACCAACGUAUAAAAAAUUGAAAGACCAAGUGAUAAUUCAAUUGAUUCCUUAUGGCAAAGCAAAGACUGAAAAUACAUCAGAUGGUCCAGAAUUUGACUGUCAGCAUGGACCAACAGAAUGUGAAGCUAAUAUGAUACACUCAUGUGCAAUUGAAGUAUUACGUGAUCAAAAUUUAGUAUUAAAAUAUAUUUUUAUGAUCUUCAUCAAUAACUGUGGCUUGGAUCAGUACCAUUAGACAGCUGAUAUUACAAAAAAAUAUGGACACAUGACAAAUAUGUUAAAUCCAUCAAUGACAUUUGUUCCAACAAUUACACUAGAUUAUAAUCGAAUGGAAGAUAAUCAAGCAGCUUUAUUGAGAGAUUUAUCAAGUGAAGUUUGUAAACGUUUUACCAUAAAACCAAGUGAAUGUUUAUAAAUGUUAAACUGAUAGAAAUUUUAAACAAUUCUACUUAAAAAAUUUAUCGAUUAAAUAAUUU